AUGGAAAGAAUUGAAGACAAUGAUGAAGAUUUACAAUAUUGCAUGACUGAUAAAAAACGUAAAAUGGGCAACUUAGGCUCAGAAACAGGCAGUAAUGAAGCCUUGUGUUGUGAGUACAUUUCUACAAUACUACAUGCAAGUCUCAUUAUUGCUAAAAGAAUCACUAAAAAAAAAAUCACUCUGAAACCUGAGUUUGAAGUCACUGGUGAUGAAGCAACAGGUAGAAGUGAUUUGACCAAUGGAUAUAUGCAAAAUAUUAUGCAACUUGAUAGCUUAUACCACACAAAAAUGAGAAAACGAAAAGCAUCUGAAGCUUUUAAUAAUAAAUUUGACUACUUCUAUGGUGUUGUUAAUACUGCUAUGGAUUGGCAUUUCAUCAUGUAUACACCAGAAAAGAUUUACUGUGUGAAAGAAGACUAUCAUCUUCCACUCACUGAAGAUAUUUUAAAGGAUGAUAGAGGACUUCUCCAGAAUUUAAAAAAGGUUAUGGGGAGGAUAGAAGUUUUGGCACUUAUGUGUCUGUUUUUAGUUACAAAUUCUUUACAUAAACUUUGUAAUACUCUUUGGCAUACAAUAACUACAUUUACUGAUUAA